AUGAAUAAAAGUAUCAGUAGUACUAUUGAAGCUUAUACAGAAAAAUUGAAAGCGAUCAAGAAGAAUCAUAAAGUUAAUGUUCAGAAUAUUGAGGAAGUUUUGGAAAAUAUUACAUCUAAGAAUGACGAUAUGAUAGAAGAAGCAAAACCAAAAAAUAAGUCAAAAUGUAGCGAUGACAGCAAUAUUGAAAGAAAGAAAGAAACUGUGCCAAUUGCUUCAAAGGUGAAACAAAAAGAAAAAUUAAAGGAUAAAACCGUAACAGAAAAAUUAGUUUCAACCUACGUGGUGGAAUCAAAAGAGCAACCUAUAAAAAAAUCCAUAACACAAUCCAUUAUUUCAUUAAAUGAAACUAAUAUUGCUUCUUCUCCUGAAAUUGUUGAAGAAACAGAACAAGACAAAACAGAAGUUAAUUCUAAGGAAAUGGCUAUUAUUCAAGAUGCAAAAGUAAAAUCUACGAAAAAAAUGUCGAAGACAUCUAAAAUCAAAGACAUGCCUUCGCCAAAAAAAAUUGUUGAACAAAAAGAACCUCCACCUUCUUUCGAAGAGGAGAUAAUCUCUAAAGAUAAAAAGCAAACGGAAGAAAAGAUUUUAUCUGAGGCACCUGCUAGUUCUAAAGAUCAAGAUAAAUUCAAUAUGGAGCCACUUUGUAAAGAUGAAACAAGACCGAAUCUAACUAUCGAAGAAAUAAUACAAGUAUCCACAAUAAAUGAGGAUCAUAUUAAUUCCAAAUUAAUUCAAGCUGACGUUGAAUGUCCUAAAGUAGAAGAAACUGAAGAAUUUGUAGAAGAAAAAGGGGAUCAAAGAAAGGAGGAGGUCGAACAUGUUAAUCAUAGCAAUGAUUUAGAGUUGCUAAGUGUUAAUAACGACAUUAGUGAAAACAUAGAAGCUAAAUUGAAAGAAAAUAAUGUCGAAAGCAUUGACAAUGGCUUGAAAUCAAGUGUUCCACGCAGUCCAUCGCCAUUGCAAGUAGGGAAAGCUCUCAUUAUCGAAAAAACAGUAACUACUGUAACUACCACCGUUGGUACAGGAACAAUGCAGAUAAAACCACUUGACGUGAAACCCAUUAAAAAGAUUGAAAUUUUAGAAAACGUUCCCUUAGUCAAAACUGUAGGCUCGAAAUCUUCCGACGUGAUAUCUUUGCGACCCGAGACCGUAGAAGCUAGCCUAAUCACAACAUAUGCUAGGGUUCCUGGUAAUUCUUACAUUAGCGUUGCUGAACAAGAUUCGUCCUAUCAAAUUUCUCACACUGUCAAUCAAUCUCCCAUUGUUCCCAUUUCUUCUGAAAUUAUUGAAUCCGAUGAACCACCGUUAUUCGGGAGUAUUAAAGAUAGGAGAAAAUAUCGUGAAGAAAUAUGCGUGCCUAACGACUCUAUGAAGGAAACACUUCAUGAAAGCCAAAUGAUAUCGUUCGGUGACGAUGAAAGUACUUCUAUACAGACAGUCAUUGAUAAGGAUUUGAAAAAAAAGAAUUCUGAAUCUUUGAACAACCAACGAGAAAGCAACGAAUAUUUAUUAGAACUAAUUAAACCUUAUUGGUUAAAUUAUCAUAAUUAUACUAAUGCCGAGAAUGAACUUUGCAGACAUUAUAAAAUUGUGCAGCUGUCACAAGAACCACGUAUAACUGAUAUCCAUUCUGUUUGUAGUGAAGAUAAUAUUAUGAAAAUUGUUCAAGAGUCUGUUAUGAAAAAGUCUCAAGUUCAAAAGAUAAGCAACGACGAGAAAGCAGCCAACGAAAAAUCUAAAAUAAUAUCUUUGCUUGCAGACGUUCCUAAAUAUCCAAUUAUUAGCUUCUAUGAGUUCGAAUCGCAGUGGAUACAAUUUCAACAACCAGUCACAAAAAAAUCUAUUUCUUCAUCUUCCACUGAUUCUGCAGAUAUAAUAAUUCCAGUAAAUACUAUUUCAAGUAAGACAGAAAUAAUUGAAAAAGAUGUUAAUGCGACCUUGGCAAAAAUAAACGAGAUAAUCGAUAUGCAUGAAAGUCCUGUUAAAACAAAAGACAAUGACAUUGAUGCUAAUACUAAUAAAAAUGAAUCAAAACUCGACUGUAACUUAACUCAACUCAACUCAACUCAAGCUAUACAUUUGAAAACUGAUGAUUCGUGGAUGAGUUUUUUGGAUGAAACGAUGGUGAUAAAUGAUGAUGAUUGGGAAGAAGAUACGAAUGAAAUGAAGCAGAAUCCAUCAACAAUAGUUCAGUCUGAAUUAGAUCUUAUUAUUUCAACUACUAGUAGCAUGUUGGAUGAAGAAAAGUCUUUCAAUAAAAAACCGUUUAUAAAAAAAGAAGAAGAAGGUAAGGUGUCACCUAUUAAAACACAGGUAUCCAUCUCAAGUGAACCUAAAGAGAAAGAUAUUUUUGUUAAAUACGAAGAGAAGACUCAACCUAAUAAGCAUAAAAUACAUGUAUCUCAGAGAGAAACGCAAAAUGUGAUAGAACAGAAAUCUGUACAUUUAAAAUCUUCUGAAGAUUGGUUGAACUUUUUAGAUGAAGAAAUACCUAUUAAUAGUGAUGAUUUUGAAGAUCUGGAAGUUAAAUCUAAUGUAGUUAACAGGAUAGAGAAUUGA